AUGACAAAAAGAGGAUAUAAUUUUUACACUGUAAAUACAACAAAAGAGAUAAGAUUAAGAAAUCAAGAAGAGGUCGAGAAAGGCGAGGAUACUAUUCAUGUCUACAAAGAUGGCUACAAAAUCGAAUAUAAUGGAGUUAGAGAUCCGGAUACAUUCGUUUCAUGGUUAAUGGAUGUUCCUGACGAUCCUGUUACAAUUAUAAACGAUAAAUUCGAUCUGGAAGAGUUUGAGGAUAUGGAUGAUGAAUGUGUGAGAAUUAUUGGAUAUUUUGAGCCUGGCAGCGCAGCUCUUAAGGAAUUUGAAGAAGCAGCAGAAGAAUUUAUGGGAGAAGUAGAAUUUUUCGCUGUAGUAACUAGCUAUUGGGCAAAGAAAGUUGGCCUAAAGCGUGUUGGGGAAGUUCAGUUACUUCAUCCAUUUGAAGAUGACCCAAUAUAUGCCCCAGCCUCAGUAGACACUGAAGAAGAAUUUGAAGAUUGGGUAGAAAAACAUAGAGAACCAGUAAUGCAAAAACUUCGUUUGGAUAAUUAUUUUAAUGUUUGGAGAGAUCCAGAGGAGGAUGAACGUUUAGUUUUAGCUUUUUGUGACGAAGAAACUCGUGAGGGAAGAGCAUUGUUUAAAUUAUUAAGGAAGUUGGCAGAUGAAAAUCAAGAACAUGCUGGGAAACUUGAAAUUGUUUUAAUUGAUCCAGACGAGUUUCCUUUGAUGGUUGAUGUUUGGGAGGAAAUGUUUGGCAUUGACAUAGAAGAAAGUCCACAGCUUGGACUUGUCGACAUUUCAGAACGCGAGGGUAUUUGGUUUGAAAUGAGCCAAUUAAAUUUAGACGACCCUAAAAAACAUUGUGACGCAAAUCUUGAAGCUUUACAGCUUUGGAUAGACCAAAUUAUGGCGGUUAGAUAUUUUCAAAAUCUAUAA